AUGACGUUUACAUCAAUCAAUACUUUGGUACCCUUUGCAGUCAAAGUUGUAGUCUACUUUAUAGUCUACAAAACUCAACAGCUUGACGAAAACACCAGCAAAACGGAAGAAUUCUACUUAGCGAAAGAACACGUAUUCAUUGGGAAGGAAUCAGAUAGCGAAUACACCCGGUUCAAUCAUUUAACGAACAAAACGGAUGAAUACAAAUUGCAGGGGGGUGUCAAUGGGUGGACCAUCAAAGGCAUCCAAACCAAAAAUAGUGUGAAAGCAGUAUGCGCCAAUGUGAACCACACCAACUGGACAGCUUUGAAUUGGUUCAUUGAAUCGUACAAUGGGGUAAAAACGAAUCUUGGUGGGCUGAUUGCUAACUUCACGUGCAACGAUGUUCUUAAAGAAGCAACUAAUUCGACAGCAAUUGCAAUAGCAGUUUCAAUUUGUUUGGUAGUAAUCAUCAUUGCUCUAGCCGUUGGGCUCGUGCUGGUGCGUAAAAGAAUUGGAUUAAAGCAUUCCUUCAAAAGGAGAACACCGAAAAAACUCCCUGUCGUUGACGAAUACUUCGCACCAGUUGAGACAUCAAGCAAGUUCAACGAUGAUGCACACCAGUACGCCAACUCCAAUUACAUCAAGGAACACAACGCUAACAGUAAGAAGAAGUGGACCUUAAACAGCUCCUUCAAACAUUCAAAAGCAAACAAUGCUCACAAAAAUUCAAAAAAAAAAUCAACAGAAGUUGGAAACGAGUUAACGAAACAUCAGAUCCUAUCAAAAGACAAUCUCAACGAGUCGAAAUGCAGUAACGAAAAUGAUCAGGGAUCAGCGGGAAGUUGCAACGAAUCAACCAACGAUUACAUUCCAAUGGACAGAAAAAGAAAAAAACCUUAA